AAUUCAAAGUGUGUUUUUAAAAUAUUCCAGGUUUUUGGUUAUUUUCUAGCUAAUUCAACACUUGGCAGUAGUUGUCAAGCUAGAGUAAUCGUUGAAGCUGUAAAACAUCUAUCAACUGCAGGUUUCAUUCCAAUCACAGUUAUAAUGGACCAACACGCAACCAAUAUUCAAACGGCAGAGGUGUUAGGGGUGAAUACAAAAAACCCAAUGUUUUUUGUUGAUGGAAAUCCAGUAGUGCUAUUUUACGACAGUCCGCGUUUGAUUAAAUCAAUGCGUAAUAAUCUAUUCUCCAAAAACGUUCUUUAUAAGAAUAAGAUUGCUUCUUUCCGAUAUAUACGCGAACUAUUCUCUCUAGAUGUACAAAACGUACCUCGGUUGGUUCCAAAGUUAACUAGAAAAGCUGUUUUCUUGCCACCGUUUUCAAAAAUGAGUGUAAAAAAUGCUACUCGUACUUUGAGCAGAACAACCGCAAACGCUAUAAAAUUGCAUGUACAGUUAGAGAAUCUGAGAGCUGAAGCAAAUGAUACCGCCGAAUUUAUUGAAAUUUUCGACAACUUGUUUGACGUAUUCAAUUCACGUAAUGAAUCAGAUAAACUCAAGGCAAGUAUUUGUAAUUCUUCAUGUUGUAAGCUGAUCGCAAUUACAGCAAGAAAAUUGAAUUUAGUUUUAUAAACAUCGUCGAUAAAAAUAUAUUACACAAUGAUUCCCCAUAAAAUUUUUACACGCAUAAUCUCUAAAAUAAAUCUAUAACGAAUCUGUCUAUCUGAAUCAGUACAUACACGAAGCACUUGAUUUCCAUGUUUUGAUAAUACCACAAUGUUUGCAGCCGUUGAGAGCCUCAAUUAAAGGAAAUAGCAAUCAUUGGGAGUUCUUAAACAACAUGGAGGACAUUUUCAAGACCAUGAUGUUCGUUCCAGCGACUUGCUUUGAUCCUUCUGUUGUAAUAUAGUGUGAACAAUUUUUUGUUUGGCAUUUAUUCAUUCGAUAUUUCAGGCAGUACAGGAAGCGAAUGAUUCGUUAACAUCAAUACAACGGCAUCCUCCAUGUUUGAGUGGAUAUGUACAUAAUAUACAAGCGAUCCGAGAGCUAUGGACUAUUCUGAAUACCAAAUAUGGGGUACCCUUCAUUCGAUCCAAUUUCAUUUGUCAUGAUGCGUUGGAAAAUGAGUUUUCAAGUAUUCGACGCAGUUGUGGGUUCAAUGAUACACCAAACUGCUACCAAUUUGCAGCUGCUUUAAAAUACAGUAGUGUUGCUAGAUGUUUGGAUGCUACUACAAAUACGAACUGUGAAUAUGAUGAGAUUGUUACUUUAGUUGAUAACGUAAAAGAGUCGGAACAAGAUCCACUGGCAAUCGAUACGGAAAAUUGUUCAUUGCGUUAUUUUCAAUCAAUAGAUUUUGAUAAAGUCCAAUUUCCAAAUAUAGCCGAGAUGAAUGCUCUCGUAUAUGUUGUUGGAUAUGCAGUGACAAAACUAAAACAUAGAAGGUGUCGUAAACGAAUGGUUCUGAAACACGGAGUAUUGCAGAUCCUGCAAAAUCGUUAUUCGUUCUGUAGAUUGAAACAUCAUCUUCAUGCAAACGGAUUCAAAUAUCCUAAUAAUGCAGCAAUUGAGAUCGGUACCCUUCUAUUAAUAGCUUUCAAAGAAAAAUUCUACAAUUUUUUUACCGAAAGUAGAUCAGGAGUGAAGAACAGAUUAACUGAAUAUGUUGAUUACUGUGACUAUGAGUCGUAUAUUUGCCCCACUUGUUUCGAAAGAUUUACUGACUGCCUUAUAAACACUCUAAUUAAAGGACAACUUUUGAAAAUAAAAAACAAAAUCAACAAGAAAAAUCGCAACACCAGUUUGAAAAAGAAUGGAAAAGCCCGCAGGAUGGGUAUUGAAAGCAAGCAACAGGUUAAUAAAACAGGCAAGAUGGAAAAAUAUAGGCGAACAAAUUAUAAAAUAAAACGAACCCGGCUAAAUCAAGAAUCUGAUUCAGUCCAGCCAAUUCAAAAUACAGAAAAAAAUGACGUUGUAAUCCCAUGUAGUACAAAGGAACUUAUUGGUGGUCCUAGCUCAUCAUGUGAAAAUGCUCCAAAACUCGUUGAAAAGGAUUAUGAACAAAUCGAGAUGGAAAAAUGUGUGACAAUGCUGGAAAAUUUUGUAGCUAAAUUCCCACCGCGAAAUACGAUUCGGGUCGAGCAAAGAGAUUGUCUUCACUUAUCUCUUGAAUACAUUUUAAGUACGUUCACUGAUUUUGAGAAUGAACUGCGGCACAUUUUUAUUAAGUACAAAAAAUACGGUAGAUACCUUUCCAAAAUAAUGGAAUUAACGAGUUGGAAUGAACUAUCCAAUAUCUUAGACGAGAAUCAUAAGUUAAGAAUGAUUAUUUAUCUGGAACAAAAACUGCUUCCAGAACAAGAAUUUGGAAUGCAUAGCGAAUUUUUUAGCUCAGUUCUGAUUUAUGAAUGGGGGUUGCGUGUUUUCAUGAAAAUACAUAAUUUUUCAAACCGACAAGAUGCUCUAGAACACAUCAGGUUGCAGGAAGAUAUGGUCAUUUACGAACGUGACUAAGUGUAAGUCCAAUGUAUCGGGCCACGGUCCAUUUGCCUUAUCCUCAGAGGCGUAGGAGAUGUUUCCCGCGGCUCUGCACAUGACUAAUAAUAUGGAAAUAUUUAAAUCAAUUUCAUCAGUAUUCGUCUUCAUCGCUGCGGCUUCUAGUACGAUCUAGCUCCGAUGUUUUGUAUAUUGCCUCCAGUGGUCUUAUUAUUAAUAUUAUUACCAAUAAAAAAAUACAAAAUUGAUGCGAUGAACAAAAUGUAUUGGGUCUAUUUCACACCAUACCGAAAUGAUCAAAUAUGACCGAUCUUGAACAUGGCAUAUCUGUAUACAAAAGCAGCAUUUUUGAUUUGUUGUUUAGAAUAGUAUGUUAAUAAUCGAAAGGGGUGAAAUGUAUUUAUAUCAGCUUUUGUUUUCUAACUCUUAGUUAUUCGCAAUCUCUUUCCAAAGAUUCAUAUAAAUAUCUACAAUGGUUAUUAUAGUUUAUUCGAUUGCCAAAUUUCUCCGCAGAAUACUUUUGUGAACAUGGCUGCACUUCAAUUAAAUUGUUGCACUUUGUAUGAAAAUCUUCAGCUUGCGAAAAAACUAAGAUUCAGUAUAGUAUGUAGUAGAUGUUAAAAAACUGAAUUUGAAUGUUCGAAUGAUCACUUGAAGAAUACCUUCUUCAUCAGGAAAAGCCUUGGUUUUCCUCGUUCAGUUGAGCUGCUCUCAGAAAGUUAUCCGGAUAUCAUGGCCUAGCUACUACCUGGUCGUAGUGGCAAAUGCGUUGUAUGAAAAAGAUCGAAGUUUUUCUAAAUGCAAAAUGCCAAACGAAGAAGGAGAACUUGUCGUUAAACAGCCUAAUUUGCUACUCCCAUGCAGAUUAACACAAUUAUCCAAUUGAACAGCAUAAAUACAAACACUUUCAUCAUCGCCAGGUAUUUGCUGACCUUAUACAUGCAAUUUGAAAUAGUGUUCAAAUAGUUUGACAUGUGAAUUGUAAAUAUAGGAACUCAGCAGCGGUGCCAGUUUAACGUCAUUGUUGCCAGUUUUACGGAGGACCGUGAUGUGCAUCAAAAAAAGAUCACCAGUGUCUAGUCUAUAUAUUUGUUUAUGCCUUUCUCUUAAUUGUUAAUAUGAGAAUAUAUUCUAGAAAGUUGACCUCUACUCCCGAUAUAUCUGGGACUGGAUCCCGAAAAAACCUCUUUGAGACAUUACUAAGGCAUAUUUUGCAUAUGUAAUCUAGUAAUUCCGUAACUCCAUAUGAAAAUCUUUUUUUUUUUAACUAUAAGACCUUCCACUCGCAGUGGCAAGUCCUCCGAGACAAUGGGCCGUAUGAAUAAAAUGUAGUAAAGUCUGUUGUUUGUAGUAUCUUCUCAAAAACAUAGUCCACAGAGUAAAACACGUUUGGUUUUGUUUUAAUUAUUCUACUUCACUUUAUCAGCAAAUACACGAGUAGCAACCUCUGGAGCUACCUACCGAAAAAUUGUAGUAAAUACUACAUGUUCGAACGUUGUUGUGUAGUAAAGUCUCUGCUUUUGACAGGAACGUGAUCCACAUGCAGCAUUUACUACCGAAAUUCAAGCAUGCUACGUUUUAUUCAUAUGGCCCAAUACGUUGGCAGGGCCGGUGAAACUUGUUAAGGCCAGGUGGGUAAUUUUUCGUAUCUGGGGGAACGACCCCCUAUUUUCAAGUAUACCUUAAUUUUAAUGAAAAUUUUAUUUAUCCCUUAAAAGAGCAAGAUCGAUUUUUUUAAUAUUUUGUUUCGAUAUAACUUUGCAUUAAACGCGUAAAUUCGAAGUUUUAAACGUUUCCGAUUUUUUGUUUCAAAACAAAAUUGCACAUUUAAGCAUUAAAUACGACAUAAAACUACUAUGGAGUUGUUCAAACGGUUGACGUAGGACUACUCAACUAGUGUCAAAAUUACUUUGGCAGUAAUUUUGACACUAGUUGAAGUUGCUUUGAGGAUUGAGACAGCUGUCUUUUGUGUUCCCUUCAAACUUAUUUGUGUCAGUGAAUUUUCGCAAUUAACUUUUUGAGAAUUUUUGUUACCCUGACAGUUAAGUUUGUUGGGAUUGAUGAUGGAAGGUGCUGAACUCGUUCGUCCAGUAGUUCGUGAUUGAGGUUACCCUGCAAUAUCCUCGAAUAUGAAAAAAUUGCCGAAUUUCGAUCAAAAUGUGUCUCGUGCGGAAAAUAAAUCCACAAACGGUCUAGCCGCUGAUGUGCAUAUCACUUUAGUCGAAAGGUUCCGGGACUGAUUCAAAGAAAUGUCAUAUUAACCUCAUUUUCCGAAAGUUCCAAAUUUAAGAUGAUAGGUGUCAAACUUUCACGUCAAUCGGACUACAAACACUAAGCCUACCGACAUAUAAGUGACGUUACUUAUUUAUUGAUGAAAAAAUGAAAAUAACUAUUUCCGUUUAUUGAUAAAACAUUGCUUUUCAAAGGGAUAAAACCACGCAAGCCCAACAAGUUUGAGAAGUGUUAUCCAUAUUCGGAUUAAAAAUAAAGAUUUGUGGUAUUAUGACUUUAAAAUUAAGCAAGUUUUGAAAAUCCUAGUUAUUUCCUGGACUUUUUGAACGAUGUGUUUUUGUAGGGUAGUAUCGAACCGCACAGAGUGCAAGUCAAUGCGAUACUGAAUCUUGUUUUUAUGAGCGAUUUUCUUAAAUGCGAACGCACUCAUUCAAGAGCAGAAAUCUUGUAGAAACCGCAGCUUAUGUAUAUAAAAUUGCCGUAUCUGUUGGAGGAAAUUAUGACAAUGGUUUGAGAAACUGGAAAAAUUAGAAAUACUUUGUUACUAAUUGAAGAUUCGAUCAUCAUUAUCUGUGAUAUCGAAUAUCAGUUAAAAAUGUAGAUGUUCAAAACCUGACCGCUGUUUGUACGGUCUUAUUUUCUGUAUUUUGAAUUUGCACCCCAGUAUAGAAAACAAAAAUGUAAUCCUACGUCAAAAGUUUUUUUUUAUUUAUGUGAAGAUAAAGAACGGAAAGGUGAGAUGUGAAGGUUCGUUUGAGCAAACAGAAAUCACGUCUCACCUUGCUGUUGCAUAUCUUCACAUCCUUCCAUUAUUAUUCUAAGUUACAAAUCUUCUAAUUAUGAAUCAUACUAAUAUUACCAUUGUUUAUCGAUCGAAAUUUCAGGUGGAUAAUUACCCACCUUUGGAAUUUUCGGAUGGGUAGUACAACCCACCGUACCCACCUCUUUCACCGGCCCUGUACGUUGGUACAUAAGAGCUACAUUCCUCGAAAAAAAUCCUGUAAUUUUUCAUUUUAUUAAAUGCACAUAAAUGGAACGUCGCAGUUCACGCAAAUUUACGUGCAUACAUAUUCACAAUAUUAUGUCUAAAACUCCAUGACAUCAAAUUCAUUGAAAUAAACAAGAAAAAGUUAUAAAAGCGACUACUGUGAUAUGAAACGAGAACCAUCAGAUCACAAAGUACGUCCGUUGAUCGACUGAGCCACAGAAGCACACAUCUGCUUGGCUGGUAAAAGAAGCAUUUAAAUUCAUACAGUCUAACCCUCAAGCCGAUUACACAUUACAGACUAAACCAGUAAAAUUCAUGCUAAUCCAACAAUAAGUCAUUACAAAUGAAAUUUCAUGUCAUUUGACAAAUUAAGUCUGUGUGAACUACAUCGUAUGAGAGAUUAAGACACCUGUAAAACUCAAUUUUUGUCCCGGAGUGUAAGAUCAACGAUUCAGGGCUCCUAUUGCUUCUCUAUGUACUCAAAUUAUUAUCUGUUCUCAAACCUCAAGCCAUCUCUGAGAACUCUAUAUGAGUUUCAUUUUGGAGUUUUCGACCGUUACUUCUGGAAUCUGAAACCGUUUUCAGUCAUAAUGAGUUUUACCAUCAACUAAUAUGACCUAAAAAUUGGAAUAGUUCUGAGGCACGUUUAGAAGAUAUCAUCCGUUCUUUACGAAUCGAAACAUGGAAGCCAUCUCGGACCAAUCCUGUUCAUGCUAUUCGUGAAUAAUCGAUGGAGUCUCAUUUUUGCCUUUCUCAUGUAGUAAGGAUAUGCAAUUAUUGUGAAUACCGACUUUUAAACCGAGGUUAUUUGCAUUCAAUGUUUUUAUCCGGUUUUUACGUCAAAAAAUAUUUAAACGGGUUUAACAAAUUAACUUGCACUUAGCCGAUUUAGGCCUUAAGCUGUUCAAUGCAGUCAUUAUUGACUCUCGAAUGUGUGAUCUUUUACCUUACCUUACCUAACAGCUAUAGUCCUGGGGUAUCCUUUGCUGUCGGUCUCAGAAGAAGUAAAUUUACACUUUUUGCUUAGGUGUGUGGAUGUUUGUUCUCUGUUUAGUAAUCAUACAUAAUAACUGUUUACUGACACUGCAUAUAGAAUGCAUGUGGUAAUUCAUGCAGGUCCCAUUCAGUGCGGUUUUCUGCAUCUGUAUUUAUAAUGUUUUCUAGUCCUACUUAGAUCUGCUUAGGUUCUGUUUUCGGUUAUUGAUACUAUGGGUAUGUAAAUACUUUAACGAAUUGAAUAGGAACAAGUUACCGGCCGUAGCUCUCGCACUGAAGAAGGUCUGUCCAUUAACCACUUUGACCGAAAUUGGCACCGAAAAGGGUUCCAGUAUGGUUUUCAUUCAUGUAUUAUUGAUUGCUCUGUGAAGUGCGACCAACAACCAGCACAAACUGACAUAUCUCUGCUCACUCCUAGACAUCCUGUUCCGACACGACCUUAUAGCAAGCCAAAAGGUAAGAGCAAUGAGCUCAAUCUAGGGUG